AUGGCCCAUUCCGCGGGAUACUGUCAGACACCAGGAAACCAGGACUCGUCGAGAACACCGGGUGGUACCCCGCGCACUUCAAGUAGACGACUCAUCAUGAGUUCCAAUACAUACAAGGGCGGUUUAUCCGUUGGUGGUUCAGCGCUCGACAAGUCGAAGUUGCAACUGCGUCGUCCAACCCCUGACAGCGAUGUCUUGGCGUCCAGCGACGACGACCGCGAGCACGUGGCAGUGCCCGUUCGCCAUGCACCUGGUACAUACCCUCUUGCGGUUCGACGGCCUUCUUCUGGUUGGUUGCAGGAUAUACAACCAAACCGGAAGUUCUCGCUUCCCUCCGUGUCGUUUGCCGGUUCGCAGCCAACAACGCCGUCCCUCGAGCUGCCCCAGCAGUCGCGGCCCAGCACAUCGUCAUUCCCCUGGAAUACUCCGAGCUUCAGUGGCUUAGUUAACAACCGCUCUAACAAGGAGGUUGCUCCUUCCCCCACCUCUGCCUUUCCCCUACCGACAGGCCUAUCCCCUCCCCCACAACUCCAGCAAGCACCCAAUCCUUUCCGCAAGGCUGUCCGGUCACAAUCCUAUAGCAUAGGACAAGGUGACUACGAGCACAGUCCGGUCAGUCGCUUCUCGCGCCAGCCCAACACCAACGCCAAUCUCCGCCAUCGCCCGUCCAAGCCAAGCCUUCUUGGUGAGUCUGCUGUCGGUCUUUCGCAGCUUCGUGAAGACGAAGCCGACGAGAUCGAGUCGUCGAACGGUUCAGAGCACGGAGUUCGUCUGCCCGCCGGCUACUGGGAGCGUGAGCACAACCAAGCCUUGCUCAAACAAGCCGCUAUGGAGAACGCCCGCGCUCGCAAUCGAGCUACCUCGACCGGCUCUCCUGUCUCGCAGUUGCAACAGCAGCGCCGCAAGACCACUGCCGGUCUACGAAACACUUCAUACAACACCGCCGCAGAGUACGCUAUCGAGGAGCUCGAUGACGCUGAGCCCUCAACCAACCGUCCUGCCCCAGGUCUUACCCGCCGCUUCAGCGAGCAUGUCGGUAUCCUGACCCGCGAUCACGAAGUCGAGAUUGUCGACAGCCCUCAGAAGCCGCAAUGGACCACAGGCAAUAUAUCACCUGCUGAGAUGGAUCCUCUCGGUCGUCGCCACUCGUUCGCUCACUACGGUAGCUACAACUCCGCUAUGCCGCUCUCAACCUUGAGCAACACCCAGGAAGAGGAAGAAGAGUACGUAUCGCCUCGGCAGACCCCACCCAACAAGGACGACAACGAGCCCUUUGAUGCCUCUGCCUAUUUCACCGGUUACGGUCCAGCAUCGCGCGCCAUCAACUCCUCUGCCAUCUCAGCAGCUCAUCCUGAUCCCGUCGUUCCCAACACCGCCAUGUCUGCUGGCAACCCCUACGCGGUUCCGCCGAGAAUUGGAAACCCUACCCGCCGCUUGUUCAUCGUCACUUUCAAGUGCUCGCGCGCUGACAUCUAUUACCUCUACGACAACACCGGCCUCGAGAUCCGCCGUGGUGAUCUUGUCAUAACCGAGGGUGAUCGUGGAUGUGAUCUGGGUCAGAUCACCCAUGCCGACUUGACCAUGGAGGAGGCUAAGAAACUCAAGGUCGAGGCGAACGAGGAGCACUUCCGCUGGCUCGUCAUGUUCUCCCAGUACUCCCUGGCCGGCACUCAGAACGACUCUGGAAUGCUAGGCGCUCUUGCGCGAGCUAAUGGAUUCGCAAAUCCCAUGAGCCGCACUCCACUGACUGCUUCCGGAGAGCCAGAGCCAUUCAAGCCUAAGAUGAUUAAGCGUUUAGCUCAGGCCCACGAGAUUUCCGCGCUCCGCGAGAAGGAGGGUGGAGAGGCCAAGGCCAAGCGCCUUGGAGCUCAGAAGGCUGCCGACCAUAAGCUGCCCAUGGAGAUCCUCGAUGCUGAGUACCAGGCUGAUUACCACAAGCUCACAUACUUCUACUACGCCGAGUCAUACGUCAACUUCAACGAACUCGUCACAGACUUGUUCAAGCAGUACAAGGUUCGCAUCUGGAUGUCGGCUGUCAACCCAGCAUCGGUUGUCAACCCAGCCGGCAUGUCGCAGAUCCCGCCACCUUCUGCUAUUGGACCUGGUGCGAUUAUCAAGUCAAACAAUGCCAACGCUCCCCCCUCUGUUGGCCCUGGCUUCGGCAACAACGCGCUUCAACACGCCCAGCAAUACGGCCAAGGUCAAGCUCGCAACCAUGGCAACUAUGGCAACUACGAUGACGGCUUCCAUGCCUUCUCUCACCAGAUCCCCGCGUACCCUGCUCAGCCUUCUUACAACAUGCAGCAGACUUGGGCUCAUGGCCAACAGAUGGCGCCGCAGCAGAUGUACCGCGGCUACUACCCUAACGUCACUGCGAGCGGCAGCCCAAUGAACUAUGGGGGCGGAGGCUACUAUCCACCUUCGACUUACCCUUCGUCUUACGGUGGGGGCUAUGGUCCUGCUACAACUACCGCUGGAUUCGCUGCUUCACGCAACUAUGCAUCCAACACUGGUCAGUCUUUCGGUGUUCAACAGGCUUCUUCGUACAACGGCAGUUCUCCGUAUACCUCUGGCGCUGGCUAUCCCAAUGCCUACAGCAACGCUCAGUACACCUCGGGUACUCCUGGCGGAUACCACGGCACAUCAGGUGGACGUGGCAAUGGCAGCUCGGGCGCCUACAAUGGUGCUAACACUCCUACUACUGGAGCUCGCCCCAGCACUGGCACCGACGCUGCCUUGAUGGGUGCCAUGCAGAACAUGUCACUUGGUAACUAG